AUGCUUCUUUUGCCCCUGCUGUUGUCAUGGCCCGAGGCGCGCAAGCCGAGUGAACUGGUGAUCAAUCUUCGUAAUUCAUCUUCGCUCAAGUCGUCACCGCUGCGUGAACUCGUAUUCGGCAUGGGGUUAGGCCGUGCCAAGCUCUACUAG